AUGGAUAAUCCCUUCAUCAUAACCGACGACGAGAACUCCACCAUUGUUUCAGCACUCCGGUAUGUCAUUUCCGGCGGCAAAGACGCCGCUAAAAGCAAUGGUUUGAUGGGAAAUUCUCGAAGUCAGCCGUCGCCGGUGAUGCAGGAAGUCUGUAGCGAAUGUGAAAUGCGUGUCCCGGAUCAAUGUUUGGGUUGUCAAAUGUUCACCGGUGGUGGUGGAGAAGAGAUGGGAAAGAGAACGAAGAAGGUUUACAGAGGAGUUCGUCUCCGGCCGUCGAGGAAAUGGGCGGCGGAGAUAAUGGUUCCGGGGACGAAAGAGCGGAAGUGGUUGGGGACUUUCGAGACUGCAGAAGAGGCCGCCAGAGCUUACGACGUUGCCAAUAUUUACUACAGAGGAAACACGGCGAAGACAAAUUUUCCGGUGGAGGAGUAUACUGAAUCAAGUUGCAGCAGAGCUUAUAAAUCACAACGCGGUUUAGGUUAA